AUGGAAAGUGGACUUUAUGCAGAGAACUUUUACUGUUUUGUACAUCUAAGUGUCCAAGAAUUUCUUGCCGCUUUGUAUGCUUUUCAUGAAUUUGUGACCAACAACCAUGACUCACUGGGAGACUUUAAACCUAAAUCUUUGAAGAAAGGACAUGUUAGCAACCUGACGGAUUUUCUGAGGACUGUUGUUUCCAAGACCAACAAAAAUGAUAAUGGACAACUAGAUCUUUUUGCACGUUUUGUUUUUGGCAUUUCCACUGAUUCCAGUAACAAUCUCUUGAAUGGUUUCCUGCCUGAAACAAGCAGCAACAGAGAGCACCACAAAGAAAUUAGCCAACACAUUAAAGCACUAAGGUCACAAAAUUUAAGUGCCGAUAGAUGUUUCAACCUUGUACAUUGUCUGGUUGAGAUUGGUGACAAGGACUUUCUGAAGGAGAUAAAGCAGUACGAGAAGGGCCAAGCCAAGAAGUCCCUUACUCCAUUCCAGUGCUCAGCCCUGGCCUACCAGUUAGUCAGAUCAGAGGAAAAGCUGGAGAUGCUUGACCUAAAGCAAUACAGACUGACUGAGGACUGCUACUACAGACUAUCUCCAGCAAUCCCAUACUUCAGGAAAGUGCUCCUAAACUGCAUUGGCAUCUCUAAAACAUUCUGUCCCACAUUGGCUUCAGCACUGUGUGUGCCGAAUGCACGGUUAACAGAACUGGAUCUCAGCAUGAACAGUUUACACUCUGGAAUGUUUCUCCUCCGGAAAGGCCUCUUCAGUCCAAACUGCCAAAUUGAGAAGCUGAAUCUCAGUCACAACAGACUGACUUCAUCAGACGUGGAAGCAAUUCAGGAUGUCCUAAGCAAACCGCACUCAAAACUCAAGGAACUGGACCUGAGCAACAAUGAUUUUAGUGAAUUUGAGGUGAAGGUUCUCUGUAAAGGGUUGUCGUCCCGUAGCCUGCAUGAUCUAAGACUGUCAGGCUGCUCCAUUGACGGUGCUGGCUGUUGUUCCCUGGCUGAAGCUCUUCAGUUGAGUCAAUCAGCCAUUAGAUGCCUGGACCUAACCUACAACAACCCGGGGGAAUCAGUACAGGCCUUAUUGCAUCAGUUAAUGAAUGACCCCAGCUCAGCUCUGCAAGAUGUGAAAAUGGACCAUGGAGGGAAAUGCAGAAUCAAACCAUGGCUCUACAAAUAUGCAGUUGAUCUGACAUUUGAUCAGAACACAGCAAAUGGAUUCUUCAAUAUAUCUAGCAUUGGCACUAAGGAGAACAAAAAAGUAAAGCGUCAGCGCCAGUGUUUCCAGACAUCUUACCCAGAUCACCAGGAUAGGUUUGACCAGUGCAACCAGGUGCUGUGCAGCGAGGGCCUAAAAGGACGUCACUACUGGGAGGUAGAGAAGACCAGCUCAGAAGUGCAUGUUGGUGUGGCGUAUAAAUCCAUCAAAAGAAAAGGCGCCGGAGAAAGUGUCACGCUAGGGAGAAACAGCGCCUCCUGGAGCUUGCUGUGGUCUGAUGGGAAGAGCUCAGCUAGCCACAACAAAAUAGCAGAGGAUGUGUCUGCCGCACCGUCCCGCAAAUUAGGAAUAUUUCUGGACUGGCCAGCCGGCACUCUGACCUUUUACAACAUAAAGGGAACCAUGGAGGAACUGGAGGAGCAGCACCACCUGUACACAUUCCAUACGACUUUCCAGGAGCCGGUUUAUCCAGCUUUUAGGAUUCAGGAACCAGAAACAGCCAUAAUUAUAUGUGACUGUCUGUAACCUCACACAUUCAGAGAUAUUUUAUGUUGUUUUUUGUUGUUUAUUGUGUUUUUAUGUUUAUUGUGUUUUUUAUGUUUUAUGUUUUUUAUGUUUUUUUAUGUUUAUUAACAGAAGUAUGAGUUAUCAUACAGUAAAUGAUUGCCACCAGCAAAUUGAAUAAUUCUUGUACAUUUAAAAAUGACUCGAUGUGAUUUAUAAAUACAAACUAAUGGUGGCUGCAAUGUUCUGCCUCCGUUUUCAGUCUUCGAGACUUAAGGUCUUUUAGACUAGGCACCAACUGGGAACGUUUGGGUCUGUGAAUUAUUGGUAGUCUGAGUAUGAUUGUGUCAGAUGGAACUAAUCAUUUCAUGAAUGCUUAUUGUUGAAGGCAUCUGUUGGUGUUUGUAAAUACAGUCCUGUAAGUUUAAGAA